GAAGUAUUUGUUAUUGUUAGCAUGUGGCUAGAAAUUUCCAGAGUAGUUUCAGACGGCUCGAACGUCGCAUUGUUUGGUAUAAAAUGGCUCCAAAACGGACAUUUGCAGACCAAGGCUCUUCACAAGGAGUUAAGAAAAGAAAAGCUUUAACACUUGAAGACAGGAUAAAAGUAAUAAGGAUGAAAGACAGAGGAAGCAAAGUAAAAGACAUUCUGCAAAAAAUUGAUGCUGGCCAGACCCAGAUCUAUGCCAUCCUGAAGGACAGAGAAAACCUUCUGGAAAUCUGGAAUUCAGGAAAAAUGAACAGGAAAAGGAAGAUAUUGACAGCAGGAAGGCAGAAGUAUCCUGAAAUAAACCGGGAGACUUGGGAGUGGUUUACCAAGAAAAGAGCAACCAACAAUGUCAUAACAGGCUCUAUGAUACAGGAGCAAGCUAGGAUAAUUGCUCUCAGGAAAGGCAUCACACACUUUGAAGGAUCAAAUGGUUGGUUAAGAACAUUCAUUCAGCGUCAUAGCAUUAGUCGGGCUAUUUUGACGUCUACCAUCAAAAAAUGUUUGAAGAAAUGUGGCUUUUCUGGUGAAGCAAGCCAAGCAACACAAGAGGAAGAAGCUUUCCAGUUCUACAAUGAUGAUCUGCAGAGCCUAAAAGAAGUAGCACCAGAGAGCACACUAGAAGACCUGCUGCAAAUGGACAGUAACAUUGCAACCCAUAACCAGGAAUGUGGAGAGACUGGUUUUGUCAUUAAAGCGGAAGAAGAAGAGUGGGAGGAUGCUGAUGAAAAAACACCUGAACCCAGGUCUCUGAGAGACAGUCUCAGCAGUGUUACAGCACUCAUUGAAGAUGCUAAAGGCAGAAGAAACAUGGAAUGGCUGAGUACCGCACAAAAACUCAGAGACCUGAUCCAAGAAGAACAAAUGAAGUGUUGGGAAGCAAACGAGUAUACAUGACAUUUUUGACAUGACUUCACGUAGCACACAAAGUGAAGUAAUUAAUAUACAAGAAAUGUAUGUUAAUGUUAAGCUAAGUCAAAUAAGUGUAUGCUCAUACUUAUGCGCUAUUGAAAUAAAAAUAAAGAGUACACAUUUACGUUUUGUUUGUGUGUGUGUGUUUACGUCUGAGAUCAAAUUUGCGAUAGUGAAUGUGACGUCACUCAACAAUGACGACCUCCAUGGAGACACAGACCGUGAAUGCCAAUUUAUUAUGAAUGAAUAUUUAUAUUAUUACAUUUAGUUAAUUUGACAUGACUUCAUGUAGCACACCAUGAUUUGCACUGAGUGUGUGAAUACAUACAUGCUGUUAUCUCCUUGCAUUAAUUAAAUUAUUUGAUGAACUGCAUUGGAGAUAGUAUAUUCCUUUAUUUAUAUGAAUAAAAUUAA